CAUCCGCGUGACAGCUUCGUUACACGCACAAUUCUUGGUGCGAACCUUUUGGAAUGAACGACCGAAACGUUUUUUUUGCUGGGGGGUAAUUAUCCCACGAUCAUCGCGAGCAACUAGUCUCGACAAUCACAACGGCAGCAGGAGAGUACGGAGGGCCAGAGCGGCCGCUUUACGCGUGGCUGGCUAAUGGCUUUCGUCGCCGCCUCCGCCUCGUUAUUCGCGAAACGCCGUUCAGGCACCUUCCAGCUAAUGACUUCGUUAUUGCGCUGCAUGAAUAGGCACCGUUCGCCGUUGUUCCUUAGGCAAGUCGCGAUCGUACGAGACUGCCAGUGCUAUGAAGGCGUUUCACCUGCUGCUCCUGGGGGUCUCCUUCCUGGUUCCCCUCUGCGGAGCCGCAGCGACGGCAGCGAGAAGGACGGCGAGUGAAGCGCUGUGGAAGAGCUUGCUGUCCGACGGCAUGUACCCGACUCCUGCAGUUGAGCCCUCACCCCAACUGCUGCUUCCCUGGCGGCUCCAAUCGCUGCUCCCAUCGCUACCGUUGCUGCGCGGUCAUCCGUUCCGUGGCAGCCGGAAGCAGGUCCUGGCGGGGUCAGGCAACACGAUGUACCAGCAGGAGAAGAACGCCGGCAGCAUCAACAACCAGGGCUCCGUCAACAACCAGCGCUCCAAGGUCUACCGAGACGGGCCCGGCCUCGGCAGCGCCUCCACGGUGCAGUCCAACUCGCAGACGCAGCAGGCAGACACCAAUCCGGUUACCACCACCGUGUCGGUUGACUCGCCGUCUGUCUCGACCGAUUACACAGGCUCGGCGAACGGCCUUUAUGGCUUGGCCAGCUCGGGAUUGGGCUCAGUCCCGGGGUAUGGCACGGGGAUUGGUCUGCCAGGGAUUGGUAUUCCGGGAGGCGCGGCUGGCGUCGGGGUUGGAAUCGCUCAAGCUGCGCUGCCCUUUUCCAGCGGCGUUUUACGGCAGGAUGUGUCGCCGGUGUGCGAGUCUCAGCAGUCUGGUGGUGGGUGCAAUGAUGGGAGCCGGAUCCCACUGUCGCGUGCUAGUGGGCAGCCGGCUCAAACGAUCUCUUCUAUCCCCUCUGGGGCAGCUUGAAGGGCAUGUGUGCUGUCCUGCAUUGGCUUGGUCGCUUGGCUCGUUCUGUGGGUAGCUGAAGCGGAUGUUUCCAUGUGGUGUUAGGCGAGGAUGUCAAGAAAACAGACCUCUUUAUCUGUGCACUUGGCGAGUUGACACAUCGAGUGCUGGUAUGAUGUGCCUUGCUGGCCUUGUAGGCAACAAACCUUCUCACCAACACCCGAUGAAUGGUUGGGUUGGGUGGGGAGGGGAGGGGUCGAUAAUCGAGAAGUUGUAGGGGAAUUUGUGCUCUAGGAUUGUAUAAUAUUUCCACAAUUAUAACGGUGCAGUGUAGAAAAAAUUGUCACCGAAAUG